AGCAGAUGAACGCUGUUCUUUUACAUGUAGCUCGCGUCCAGUGACAAUAAUUCUAAAUUCAAACAUCGAAUGAAGUGAACUAACAUUUUUUUUGUAAUAGUGACAUAGACAAUAGUGUUUAUUUUUCUGCAGUGAUUAAAGUCUUUUUCAUUUCUUGAUGUUAAAUUAAUUAUUCUUUUUAUAACUUUCUACGCGAUUUUUUUUUAUUGGCGAUCUGAUAUAUUUUGGUGCUGAUGCUGAAUUUAAAUAAAAAAAAAUAUUAAUUAACGUAACAUUUUUUUUCAUAGUGAUCAAAGUUAGUGUUGUAAAUAGUAUCACAAUUAAAUUAUCGAUAUUUUGUAGUGUAAAUAAUGAAAUAUAUAGAAAUGGCUUUUCAUAAAGUUUGUUUAUUAAUGUUUUUAGUGGAAAUAGUUUUAUGUGAAAAAGUGUUUAAAAGUGUACCAGUUACAGUGAAAGCAUAUGAAAACGAUACGGUGCUAUUACCCUGUUAUACAGAUAACACAGAAGGAGACAUCCGCGUGCGCUGGUACAAGAACGGCUCCUUGCUCGCUGACAGCCGCGACCCGAACCUGCUGCUCCCGCUGCGCGCGCGCAUGUUCGCUAACUUCAGCCUUCAGCUCGAGGGGUUGCUACCCCCCGACACCGCGGAUUACACGUGUGAGGUCAUACGUCCAGAACCAUGGGGUCCAAUAAGACAAACGCAUUCCAUACAGGUUCAAUACCCUCCCACAGUCCGGACAGUGCCGGACGACGGGUUCUUGGAAGUGAAGAAGGGGGAGUACGUCGACAUUGGCUGUGAGACCACCGGCAGCCCCAUACCCAUCGUUACGUGGAAGAAAAAUGGCGAACAGAUGGCGCUGCUAGAACACAGGUCGCGGAUUCGAUUCCGCGCAGAGCACCGUUUACUGGCAGGAGUGUACGAGUGCACGGCCAGCAACGGUGUGGGGGACGCCGUCACUGCGGCUAUUACUGUUGUUAUACAGGACGCACCAGUAGUGUCUACGGAGCGCAGCUUCGUCCACACGGCGGUAGGGCUCCGCGCGGCGCUGGCGGCCCGCCUGGAGUUCGCCAUACCCGCCGCGCGCACCGCCUGGUACAGAGACGGGAGGCCUGUCCGCACUGACGACAGGAUAGUGCAAAUGGUGCGCGACAACGUGCACCAGCUGAUCUUUCGCAGCGUGCGGCGACCCGACCUCGGCAACUACACCUUCCGCGCGGAGAACAAGCUGGGCAUGGCCGACGUCGCCUUCAAACUGACUGGAGUACCCAAUGUGGCAUCGUUCAAAGUGGAGCCCGCGUUGAACAAGGCGACUUCCACCAGCUUCACUCUCAUAUGGGAGGUGGAUUCCUACUCCACUAUCAUUGAGUACCACCUGUGGCUGCGGCCUUACUACGGGCGCCUGUCCACGCCGGAGCCCGACGCGUUCACGACGGAGCCCCCCGCCAACCUGUGGAGCAAGAUCGUGGUGCCCGGGGACUCCACUGACGGUCCUAUCCACAGCGCCACGUAUACGGUCAGAGGUCUCACGCCUUCGACAGUGUACGAAGCUAUUGUCACUUCAAGGAACUGGUUCGGUUGGAGUAAACCUUCGGCUGUACUGCAUUUCGCUACCGAACCCGGAGUUGGUAGAACGCUGCCAUCGACAUCAGAAUACACAGACAUCACUCCAAUAUUGGAAGAGAUAGUACCUCAAGAGGCGUACAACAUAACUCAAGCGCACGUUUUUGAACGACUCAAUGAACUGUCAAACGGAGCGCGGGAGACGCCAUUUUCCGCGGCCAUCUUUGUUGUUUUGACAUUCAUUAUUUUGGUAGAAUAACUUUUAUAAAAACUUCAGGCAUAAUAUAAUUCUCCUUCCUUUAUUGAUGUCCUAUUAAAAAGUGGAUGCACAAUCAGCGACCAAAAAAGUCCCCACUCAAAGAGUGCCAAACACAACUUCUUGGCACUCAAUACAAGUAGUUGCAUUUGCAAAUUCAACUUUAAACUCAAUCCUUAAGGUUGAAUUUGCUCUGAAUUUGGGAUUUUAUUAAAUAUUGGACUGUAUUUAAAGGCCUUUAGGUAUAAUUUUCUUUACGAAUAAUUCUAAAACUUUCAAAGCAAAAUUGGCCAGUUUUCAAGUGAAAUUUUCUACAUGAUUGUGUGUCAUUUUAUUAUAAGAGGUCAAAUGCCUUCCUAUUAUAGAUUUUUACCGGAAUUAAAAAUAAAUGAAGUAAUCAGUCCAUUAUUGAUAAGUGCUAAUUUUCAAAUAGGUUCAUUUUCUUAAUAAUUAUGUGGUAAGACUUCUGUAAAUAGGGAAAAAAAUAAUGUCAAUAUCUAAUUUAUAUUUUUGUAAUAUUAUAUGUGUAAAUUUGAUGGGGAAAUCUAAAUAAAACUAUUUUGAAAAUG